AUGGAGGCUCCUAAAAAAGCCUCAUGGAUGGUGGGGAAGAUCUUCAAUAUGAGAAAGUACUGGCCUACACUUGAUCAGAAUAGCUCGCUUGUUCAACAAGGGUUUAGGAAAGAGUUGCAGGGUUUAGGAAAGAGUUGUACUUCAUCAAAUUCUUCAAAAAGCUCUCGAAAGAAAGUAACUCUAAGUUUCUUGUUUAUUUUAACAUUAAAUAGGAUUAUGGAUAAUCUAGAGCAUGGUUGGAUGUACGACAGAUUGGAUGGUCGAGGGGGUAUUAAUUCUAGUUUCAUAACUGGUGUUAAUAAAUUUCUUGAGUUCUCAUGUUCUCAAAGAAACCGCAUGAGUGGUGACGAUGUCAAAUGUCCGUGUAAGAAAUGUCACAAUAUUAAAUUCAUGGAUGUUGAAACCAUUAAAUUGCACCUUCAAUCGUUUGGAUUUGUUGAGAACUAUUUUGUUUGGAAGUAUCAAGGGGAAAAAGAAGUGACCGGUGAGAUGUAUAGUGAUUUACAUGGUGGUACUCAACCUGAAUUGGGAUAUUAUAAUCCAUAUCGCCAAAUGGUUUUAGAUGCAGCUGGACCGAACUUUGGCCAGGGUUCGAGUAAUACUGAACCUGAGUCAUCUCAUCACUGUGAACCUUUGGUGGAGGAGGAAUCUAAUCCUUCAAUGGAGGAGGAGCCUAAUCUUGAGUCCCGGAGGUUUUAUGAUUUGCUACAAGACGCUGAUGCAAAAUUGUAUCCUGGUUCUUCCCUCUCUCAACUCGCAGUAGUUUCUAGGAUGUUAAAUAUUAAAAGUGAGAAUACUUUGUCACGGAGGGGUUAUAAUCAAAUUAUGCAUCUAUUGAAACAGGCUUUACCUGAAGAUAACAUAGUGCUUGAUAGUUAUUAUCAGACCAAGAAGCUAGUGCGUAGCUUGGGUUUGCCUGUUGAAAAGAUUGAUUGUUGUAAUUCAGGAUGUAUGUUGUAUUGGGGUGAUGAUGAGGACCUAACUUCUUGUAAGUUUUGUGGCUAUGAGAGGUAUAAACGUCGUGUUGGUUCUCGUAAGAGGAAAUUGGUCCCUUACAAGAAAAUGUAUUAUUUCCCUUUGAUUCCUAGAUUGCGGAGAUUAUAUGCGUCUCAUGCUACAGCUGCCGACAUGAGAUGGCAUCACGAGCAUAUACAAGAGGAGGGGGUAAUGCGUCAUCCAUCAGACUCUGAGGCUUGGAAGCACUACAAUGAAACUCAUUCCUUUUUUGCUGCUGAACUAAGGAAUGUGAGGUUGGGGUUAUGUACGGAUGGUUUCCAACCAUUUGCUCAGACGGGGAGAAAAUACUCUUCGUGGCCUGUAAUUGUCACUCCAUAUAAUUUGCCUCCAGGGAUGUGUAUGAAGGAGGCAUACAUGUUCUUAACUGUCAUUGUACCGGGGCCACACAAUCCUAAACUAAAAAAUGAUGUUUAUCUGCAACCUCUAAUAAAGGAAUUGACUUUGUUGUGGGAGACAGGUGUAGAAGCAUUUGACAUCUCAAAAAAGCAAAACUUUCAAUUAAGGCCAGCUUUGAUGUGGACAAUCAAUGACUUUCUAGCAUAUUCUAUGUUAUCAGGAUGGAGUACAGGUGGAAACUUAGCAUGUACUUAUUGUAUGGAGGAAACACAAUCAUUCAGAUUAAAACAUGGUGGGAAAACAACUUGGUUUGACAGUCAUAGAAUGUUUCUUGAUCAAAAUCAUCCAUUUAGGAGAGAUCGUAAAAACUUUCUUAAAGGUCAUACUGUUACAAGGCCACCACCUACCGUUAGAACAGGAGAAGAAAUUUUGAAUCAAAUUUGUGAGUUGGGGAUAAGAAAAGUAACUGAGUUAGAUGCACAAGAAGUUAAUAAGAGGAUAUGUAAUUCAUGCGGAUGGAAAAAACGAAGCAUCUUUUGGGAUUUGCCUUAUUGGAGUUCUAACUUGAUACGACAUAAUCUUAAUGUCAUGCAUAUUGAGAAGAAUGUCUUUGACAAUGUGUUUAACACUGUUCUUAAUGUUGUUGGCAAAACCAAAGACAAUCCGAAAGCACGUCUAGAUAUUGCAAAAUAUUGCGAUCGACCGCAGUUAGCAAGGAAUCCUGAUGGAAUCUAUCCCAAAGCUGCAUAUACAAUAGAAAAGAAUGAAAAAGUUGUCUUGUUCGAUUGGUUGGAAGGUGUGAAGUUUCCAGAUGGGUAUGCUUCGAACAUGAGUCGAUGCUUGGACACGGACAAAUUUAAGUUAUUUGGCAUGAAAAGUCAUGAUUGUCAUGUGUUCAUGCAACGACUAUUGCCAAUUGCCUUUCGUGAGCUACUUCCUAUUAAUGUGUAG